AGUGGUAGCUCCACAUUCCACAUUUGGGCUCACCCAAGCUCUGCAACUAUUGCUACUACUGCGAGUCUUCUUCUUCCUUCGCCAUCUUUGCCGUUCUUCAUUGUACAUACAAACCUCAGCCUCUGACUAUCGGUUAUAAUUUCGAUCACUUCCCACAUGGAUCAGUAUGAAAAGGUUGAAAAGAUUGGCGAAGGGACAUAUGGUGUAGUAUAUAAGGCUCGUGAUCGUGUGACAAAUGAAACUAUUGCACUGAAGAAGAUCCGGCUGGAACAGGAAGACGAGGGAGUUCCUAGUACAGCUAUCAGAGAAAUAUCCCUUUUAAAAGAGAUGCAACAUGGAAACAUUGUCAGGUUGCAAGAUGUGGUCCACAGUGAGAAACGGUUAUACCUGGUGUUUGAAUACCUUGAUUUGGAUUUGAAGAAACACAUGGAUUCCUGCCCAGAAUUCUCCAAGAAUCCACGUAUGAUAAAAAUGUUUUUGUAUCAAAUACUCCGUGGAAUUGCUUAUUGUCAUUCUCAUAGAGUCCUUCACAGAGAUCUGAAGCCCCAAAACUUGUUGAUAGAUCAGCGUACAAAUUCUUUGAAGCUCGCUGACUUUGGUUUGGCCAGAGCCUUUGGCAUUCCUGUCAGGACUUUCACUCAUGAAGUGGUAACAUUAUGGUACAGGGCACCAGAGAUAUUACUUGGUUCUCAGCAUUAUUCUACUCCUGUUGAUGUAUGGUCGGUUGGUUGCAUUUUUGCUGAGAUGGUGAACCAAAAACCACUUUUCCCAGGGGACUCAGAGAUUGAUGAACUCUUCAAGAUUUUCAGAGUGAUGGGCACUCCUUAUGAGGACACAUGGCCUGGAGUUGCAUCUUUGCCUGACUACAAAAGUUCAUUCCCCAAAUGGCCCCCAAAGGAUCUAGCGACUAUCGUCCCAAAUCUUGAUGCAUGUGGCAUCGAUCUCCUCCGUAAAAUGCUCAACCUGGACCCCAGCAAAAGAAUCACAGCAAGGAAUGCCCUUGAACACGGCUACUUCAAGGACAUCGGUUUUGUCCCUUGAAAAAAGAAAAAACCCCUCUACACGUUCCCGUGUAAAGCGGAAUUGGCAAUGUACGUUAGUUUGUUCCUUUGUUUUGUGCGAGUGGCUCGAGGAUUGCAUUGCGUUGGGAGUUUGUUGUGUAAGAGUGUUACGGUCUUCGCUCAAAGAUUUCGAAAUGUGGUUUAUCAUCUUGAAUAUAAUUAAGAUUGAUUAUUUAUUGCCAGAUUCUUGUUCUCUACUCUGUUCAAUUUUAUGUCCUGAGAGAAGAAGAUAUUG